AUGUGUUGUGGAAUGUUGAUGUUUUAAUCAAAUAAUAUUUAAUCCUUAUAGACAAUGAAUUCAAAUAAGGAAAGAGAAUCAAUUCAUGUAUUAGAUUAAAUUACACAAUUAAUUGUGUUAAGGAUUAUUGGAUUGAUUUUUUUUGUGUUAUAUGAAAUUUAUACUCCUGACCCAAAGACUAAAAAAUAAAAUUAAGAUUAUAAGAUUCAAUCGAAAGUUUUGUACAAAUUUAUGAACAAUAUCUUAAAAUGUUUUUGUGCAAUAAAUAAAUUUUUAAGAUUACCACUAAUUUAGCAAGUGGAUGAAGCUUUAGAAAAAUUUGAUUAACCAGAAGCAGUAAUAAGGUAAAAUUUUAUCAUUAUUCAUUAUUUUUAGCCUCCCAAAACCAAUACCUGAUGACUUGGAAUAUCCUUUAAAAUAUUUCGAAUAAAUUUAUCGAGUCCUUUAAAAAUAGAUGAAAAAUUUGCUCAUGAUAACUUUUUUUUAAAGGCUAUUGAAAUUUUUCCAAUAAUUUAAUGGAUAGUAAAUUCUUCUCCUUGUUUGA